AUGAAGACCCAUUACGACCAGAAACGUAUUGUGUGCAGUUUUCAACCAGGUGAUGCUGUGUUGGUGCUACUCACUCUUCCUGGCUCUGCCAUGCAGGGAAGAUUCUCUGGUCCAUAUGUGAUUGAGAAAAAGCUAAGUGACAUUGAUUACGCCAUCCGUACACCUGAUCGACAUCGAGCUCUUGGGAAUAAAUGGAGUGUGAAAUACAGCCAACUAAAUCUCUGUGCUAUAAAAGGAUCUACAGUGUUUAUGAACGGCACUUACACACACCCAACAGGUCUUACAGUGGAGAACAGUUUUUGGUUAAUAAACCCAGUUAAGGGUAAAGAGCCGACUGAUCUGUGUAAGGAAUCAGGUUACUCAGACAGAGUGAAGUAUUUAGGAGAUGAGCAGAAACACUUCUCCCUCAGACUGAGUGACGUGAAGAAAACAGAUGAACACAAGUACUACUUCAGAAUCAGAACAAACAAAGAAACAGAAAGAUGGAUGGGUGAACCCGGAGUUACACUCACUGUUACAGAUCUUCAGGUGAUCGCUCCUGCAGAAGUGACAGAGGGACAAUCAGCCGUUCUGACCUGUAAAACCACCUGCAAUCUGACUGAUCCCACAUUCAUCUGGUACAAAAACAGACGUGGUUUAACCACAAAGACCACCAAGAGCAAUGAAGUCCACCUGCAGCGGGUCAGCAGUGAGGAUGCAGGCAGUUAUAGCUGUGCUGUAAGAGGAUAUGAACAUCUCCCCUCUCCUGCUCAAACCCUCAGCGUCAGAUAUCCUCCAAAGAACGUCUCAGUGUCCAUCAGCUCCUCUGGUGAGAUAGUGGAGGGCAGUUCAGUGACUCUGACCUGCAGCAGUGAUGCUAACCCACCUGUUGAGAUUUACACCUGGUUUAAGGGGAAGACAUCAGUAGGAAAAGGAAAGGCCUACAUCAUCUCCAAGAUCAGAACUGAGGACAGUGGAGAGUACAAGUGCAAGUGCAGUAAUGAAGUCGGACAUCAGGACUCCAUCGGUGUAACUCUGAAUGUUCUGUAUCCUCCAAAGAAUGUCUCAGUGUCCAUCAACUCCUCUGGUGAGAUAGUGGAGGGCAUUUCAGUGACUCUGACCUGCAGCAGUGAUGCUAACCCACCUGUGGAGAACUACACCUGGUUUAAGGAGAAAGAAUCAUCACCUGUAGGAUCUGGACAGAGUUUCAGAGCUCUACAGAGUGGACAGUACUACUGCGAGGCUCAGAAUAAACACGGCUCUGAGAGAUCAGCUGCAGUGUCCGUCACUUUAAACGGUGAGAGCGAUGAUGUAAAUCGAUAA